AUGGGGAAAACGGCCCACCAAGCAACGUCUGCCGAGACAAAGGCUGUCGGCCAAGAGCUGGCGGCCGUCUUGCCGGACACUGGACCAUGGUACAAGCAGAAGCACCUCAUCAAACUCAACUUUACCAUUUUGUCCAUGAUCCUGUUCUCAUCGUCCAACGGAUACGAUGGUUCCAUGAUGAACGGCCUGCUGGCCCUCCCUCAAUGGGCUGAGUUCAUGGACAAUCCUUCCGGCGCAUGGCUGGGCUUCAUCAAUGCCAUCUACUCCCUAGGCAGCGUGGUGGUGUACCCAGUUGCCGCGUGGAUGUGCAACAAAUACGGCCGCAAGCCUGGUAUUUGGAUUGGAUAUGUCUUCCUAGUCCUCGGAACUGCUCUCCAGACUGCUGCCAACGGCGAAACGGCCUUUGUCCUCGCACGACUCUUCCUCGGCUGCGCUUCGGGCUUCUUUCUCUCAGUUCCACUACUGAUUACCGAGAACGCCUUCCCCACCCAGCGCGGUAUCGCAUCGAGUCUCUACAACUGCGGAUGGUACAUCGGAUCCAUUGUGGCUGCCUGGGUCACCUUUGGAACGAGGGAAAUGGACCACUGGGCCUGGCGCGUCCCCUCGUUGCUCCAAGCCGUCAUUCCAUUAAUGGCAAUGCCCGGAUUCUUCAUGGCCCACGAGUCGCCUCGAUGGCUAGUCUCGGUUGACCGUGUCGACGAGGCCCGACAAAUCCUCGCGCAAGAUCACUGCGGAGGAGACGUAAACGCACCCUUGGUCGCAUUCGAAAUCACCGAGAUCGACGCUACGCUCAAAGCCGAAAAGGAGGCCCAGGAGUCAACCUCGUGGAAUGAUCUCUGGAGCACCCCAGGCAACAGGCAUCGACUUUUCAUCUCAGUCACUCUGGGAGUUUUCGGCCAGUGGGUUGGAAAUGGCGUCGUUAGCUACUAUCUAGCUAUGGUCUUGGAAACGGUUGGCAUUACUUCGGUCAAGGAUCAGACGCUUAUUUCAGGUUGUCUCCAAAUCUGGAACCUGAUUUGGGCAGUUGCAGCCGCUUCCAUGGUUGACAAGAUUGGUCGACGUGCCCUGUUUCUCUCCUCGGGAGCCAUCAUGUUGGUAUCAUACAUCAUUAUUACUGGCUUGUCAGGCAGCUUUGCCGCGACCGGCAAUGCCGCCACUGGUACUGCGGUCAUCCCGUUCCUGUUUAUCUACUUCAUGGGCUACGAUAUCGCAUUGACGCCGCUCCUGGUAGCUUAUCCGGUGGAGAUCUGGCCAUUCCGUCUCCGUGCCAAGGGCCUGUCGGUCACGCUACUCACGACCCUUGCCGCCGUCUUCUUCAACACUUUCAUUAACCCCAUUGCGCUCGACGCAAUCCAAUGGAAGUACUACUUUGUCUUUGUCGCGGUGCUUGUCGCUAUGAUUGUCACCAUUUGGUUCUAUUACCCCGAGACCCGAGGCCGCACGCUUGAGAACAUGGCAUACCUGUUUGACGGCGACGACGCGGUGGCUGGUGGUAUCACGGCCCAGGAUGUUCUGAAGGGAGCUAGUGCGGAGCACGACGAGCGAGAUGAUAUGGUGGAGAAUAAGGAGGCCCACUAA